GAUAAAAUGGCCGCGCCCAUGAGCCAUCCUCGACACUGGACAAAUCUACUCAGAUGCUCUGUGUGUUUUUCUUACUUCCAUGAACCUGUCACCUUGUUCUGUGGACACACGUACUGCAAAGGAUGCAUGCGGCGGAUGGCAGAGACAAUGGAAGAAAACCACCCGGAUGUCCCCCAGCAUCGUCUGCGCAUGUGGUGUCCUACCUGCAGACAUGGCGUCCCCGCGCGGAUGUUCUUGAGGAACGACGCCAACAUCUCGUUUGUCUUACAAGAUCUCGUUGAAGGGUGGCGAGCAGAGAGGAGCAACAUUGCCACAUCCGGGCAAGUGUUGGUCCAUUCAACGUCAACCCAAACCGACAACUCUUCAGGGAGGCAACAUCGAAAGUCCGAUCUGGUCAGUACAGGCGAAAGCUACCUGAAGCUCCGGUCAGACAUUCAGUACCUCCAGGCGGCCAUCUUGUCCGGAGACUCGGACCAGUCAUGCGGGGAUACAAACGACAACCAGCGAGUCCACGCGCGAAACAGCACGAGCGAAUCCAAUCUAAGGGCAUUCAAAGAAUUUGAUGACCUUGAAGACGAACCAUACGAUGAGCCUGAAAUUGAAGACGAAGGUCAUGACGCGGGUGAAGAAGUGCGCGUUGAGAGGCGUCGACUGCAGUGGUCCCCGAGCAAGACGUUGAUGGUUAUUGUGUGGGUUACGUACACUAUUGUUAUUAUGAUGGUCGCUGUGAACUUCCUGCCGUACAUGAUCAUGUACUCGGUGUUGUUCGUUGUUAUCAUUUAUACAGACAGACUACCCAAUAGAUAUGACCUGUAGAUGGCUGUGUUUGUUUCAUUAUCGAGAACACAGUGAGUGAGUGAGUGAGUAUGGUUUUACGCCGCUUUUAGCAAUAUUCCAGCAAUAUCACGGCGG